AUGUAUUCCACAACUGGGAAUUAUCGCUCCGGGCGUGCUUUUGCGGACGCCGAGUCUAAAGACCAGUCAACAGAAACAAGCGAACCCCCCAAGAAGACCCCCAGCUUAAGUCAGUCACUUAACCAUGACAAUGAUCUACACGAUUCGACGGUGCCUCUAAAUUUCUUGGAUAUAAUUCAAGCAUCAGAGCAUUACAAGAUUCCUUCGACACAUAUCAACAACCUCGGCGUAGCUGAGCGCAUUGGCUCAGCUCCCGAGUUAUUUUCCCUUGGUAGCGGAUUGACUGCAGACGUUUUUCGACAUGUCACUGGCGAAGAGACUAAGCAUAUCUUGCCGCCAAAGUCUAUUGUUGCGCUGAAGGCCUUUAAGUCUGGCAACCAUGAUAGUAGUCCCUCUGCCGUGGGAGAGGCAAGAAAUGGGGUAUACCGGGCUAUCCUGCGCGAGAGUAUGGAACUCGGGGAACAUGGUUCUCUGGACUUUGUCAUACGGGAAGCGCACCCUGGACCAACGCCUAUACAGAAACGUCAUAUCGCGCUUGACAUUGCGCUGGGCCUGAGCGCCAUACACCGCGCAGGAUUUAUCCAUGGCGACCUGAAGCCGGACAAUAUUCUUAUUAUGGCACAUGAAGACCCUACUCGUGGGAUUAUUGCUAAGCUGACCGAUUUUGGGGGUAGCGCCCAGUUGUCAUCCAGGAAAGGAUCCGGCUCACCGGCUCACCUCACAAAGCUCUGGAGUGCGCCAGAGGUGGUGGCUAAAGAUCCAGAUGUCGACUGGGAGAAGGCCGACAUUUAUUCAUAUGGGCUUGUUGUGAUCAGCUUGUUGAUAAGGAUGGAUGGUGAAACGCUUGUCGAACGGCCAGGCCGAUCAAGCUCUUGCAUUCUAUCAUGGUCCAUCCCGAUGAGUGCAGGAGAGACAUAUUCCGAAGACUAUAUUUGGCUUGUGAAGAAUUCUUUAGAACGGUAUGGUAUAUUCAAUAACAUCUUGGAUAUGAUGGCUAUAAGCAACGAUGUGGAGAACCCUCCGUUGCUUGAUGUUUUGAGGCCAACUCUCGAACCCUAUUUCUGGAACCGGCCAAGCACCAAAGCAUUGGUCGAAUCUCUGGUCCCAUUCGGAGAGGAUAUAGGCCGAUGUAUAGAGCAAGAGGAAUCAGAGACAAGUGAAAGCACCCAAGAGGAUUUUAAGACGCAAUCAGGACUAGAUCACGGUCCAGAUCCUCAAGAAACACCAGAUCAGAAUGACGAUGACCGCUUCUGGUUUCAAAGGGUGCGACUAAAGCAAGCCAUGUUCGAGCAACAUUCUCUUAUUCUCGAGGAUAUCAAAAACCUACUCCACCAGGGAAGUUCAAAUAACGACAUUGAUAUCCCACCAGAACUUCCUAAGGGUAUAUCCCGUACCGGAUUCAUCAGGAUCUUGCAUGAUACCCUAGGAGGUCUAAGGAACUCAGGAAUCAUCCAAGCCGAGGCCAAGUUGGCUGGGCUUCGGGAACGGGCAUGGCAACAAGGACUGUUUCACUUCUUCGAAGGAAGAUUAAAUCUAGAAGCAGCGCUAGACUGGAUGAAUGUUGCUGCUCUCUGUGGAUCUUCAAGGGACCAAAUUCAGGACUCUUAUCUUCUUGAAUUCCUACUCGGUCUCGAAGCGUUCUCAAGCAGAAUCAACGAAAAGGCUUCGAACGACACCACACUAUUGCAUGUCCUAGCAGGUGGUGGCCACGUUGAAGCUAUGCGAGUUCUCCUAAAACGAAGUGAUGUUGAUCUGAAUGCCGGAUUUUCAUUCACGACACCAUACGGCAGCUCCUACCGUGAAUUUAGUACCUCUAAUUGGACCGCGCUCGAUUUAGCCAUCAGCCUCCUCGGCGUAAGUGGUGCUUACCCACCAAGUAUCGAAUCGGGAGGUAAAUUAGAAAUCCAUAAAUGGGUGCAAGACAUACGCUCCAUCAUCAAGCAACUCAAAGACAAGGCGGGAAAGAACUACAAAAUAGGAAAGCUUCAACAGCAUAUAGAGGAAAAGGCAGCAAAACAGCGCGAGAUGUUGCUGCGUGAUGGCUUGCCCUUCUCAACCCGUCGGCGCAACUUUCACGGAGGUUGGCCCCAACCACUCUCUUCAAGUAAACCCACGCAAGAAGUGGAAGAAGAGACAGGCAUGAAAUACCCACCAGAAGAAGUCUUGGACGACUUACUACUGGGUACGUUAAGCGAGGAUCUAGAAGCUACGCAGAGACAGUUGUUCUUAGAUGCCGAAUCUAUGUACCGACCUCUGUACGGAUUCCGCAGUGAACUAGAGGCCAACGAGCACUUCAAACGCGAGGCCGAGUUACAGAGAAAAACGUGGCGGCUUCCACCAGAAUGGGUUUUGAUAAGCGUAAACGGAGAAAAGGAGAAAACUUCCUUUGUCAAUAUUGACACCGGGGAGAUUGUCAACAAGAAACCGGCACUCUACCGUGGCGAGCGGGAUAGAAUCUCAUCAUACGAUAGGAAGGGAAAGGGCAAGGAAACUACCCCGGUCGACAAGAGUCCGGGUAAUCACUACGUGUUCAUAAAUGCUAUGCCACAGAUGACCCCCAUCGUGAUUGAUAUCGAAGAAACACCUCGUCCCGAGAUCAAUUUCGACAGCGACGAGACCGCGGAAAAGGUCGCUCACGCCUUGGGUAUUUUCGAUCAAGAUAUAACCUCGCUGCGAGAAACACUGCUUGACAAGCUACUCCAAGAAAUGGCUAUCGACUACAAGUUUGAGUGCCGAGAGACUUGGUGGAGGGGAUAA